GAGGUCGCGCUCUCCUCCCUCUCCUCCUCCUUUUCCUCCUCCUCCUCCUUUUCCUUCCCUUCUCCGCUCCUCCUCUUCUUCUCCGAGGGCCGGCCCAGGGCUUCCCCUCUCUGCAUCCUUCCCUUCUUCCCUUCCCUUGCUUUUCAGGGGGAGGAGGGAGGUGGGCCUUCUCCUCCUCCUCCUCUUCCUCUUCCUCUUCCCCUUCCUCCUCUUCCUCUCUUCCCUUCCUGGCUGCGGCGCAGGAUGUCGCGGAAGGUGCCCCGGGCCGAGGUCUGCGCCGACUGCAGCGCCCCAGACCCCGGCUGGGCCUCCAUCAACCGCGGGGUCCUGGUCUGCGACGAAUGCUGCAGCGUCCACCGCAGCCUCGGGCGCCACAUCUCCAUCGUGAAGCACCUGCGGCACAGCCCUUGGUCCGCCACGCUCUUGCAGAUGGUCCACACGCUGGCCAGCAACGGAGCCAACUCCAUCUGGGAGCAUUCGCUGCUGGACCCGGCGCAGGUCCAGAGCGGGAGGCGCAAGGCCAACCCCCAGGACAAAGUCCACCCCACCAAGUCCGAAUUCAUCCGCGCCAAGUACCAGAUGCUGGCCUUUGUGCACAAACUCCCGUGCCGUGACGACGACGGAGUGACUGCCAAGGACCUCAGCAAGCAACUGCAUUCCAGCGUCCGGACCGGAAACCUGGAGACCUGUUUGCGCCUUCUCUCUCUCGGGGCCCAGGCCAACUUCUUCCACCCGGAGAAAGGGACCACUCCGUUGCACGUCGCAGCCAAAGCGGGUCAGAUCCUCCAAGCCGAGCUGCUGGUGGUCUACGGGGCCGACCCUGGGGCCCCCGACGUCAAUGGACGGACCCCCAUUGACUAUGCCAGGCAAGCCAACCAACACGAACUGGCCGAGCGGCUAGUAGAGUGCCAAUAUGAACUGACCGAUAGGUUGGCCUUCUACCUGUGUGGACGGAAGCCAGACCACAAGAACGGGCAUUACAUCAUCCCGCAGAUGGCCGACAGAGUGCGCCCAAAGUGCGUGUCGCAAAGCUUGGACCUCUCCGAAUUGGCCAAAGCGGCCAAGAAGAAGCUGCAGGCGCUCAGCAACCGCCUCUUCGAGGAACUCGCCAUGGACGUCUACGACGAAGUGGACCGCCGGGAGAACGAUGCCGUCUGGCUCACAACGCAGAACCACAGCACUUUGGUGACCGAACGCAGCGCCGUCCCCUUCCUCCCCGUCAAUCCAGAAUAUUCUGCGACACGCAACCAGGGCCGCCAGAAACUGGCCCGCUUCAACGCCCGGGAGUUUGCCACCCUCAUCAUCGACAUCCUGAGCGAGGCCAAGCGCCGGCAGCAAGGGAAGGGACUCACCAGCCCCACAGAGCCCUUGGACUCUUCUUCCUCCCUCCACGGCGGCCCCAGUGACCUGGACGACCAGCACGACUACGACAGCGUGGCUUCCGACGAAGACGCCGACCAGGAGCCCCUGCGCAACGCCAGCAACGCCGCCGGGCGCAACAACCGCGCACGAAGCAUGGACUCCUCGGACCUGUCGGAGGGCCCCAUCUCGCUGCAGGAGUUCCUGGAGGUCAAGAAGGCCCUCUCCACUUCCGAGGCCAAAGUCCAGCAGCUCAUGAAGGUCAACAACAGCCUUAGCGACGAGCUCCGGCGGCUCCAGAGGGAGAUCCACAAGCUGCAGUCGGAGAACCUGCAGAUCCGGCAACAGGCGGGGAACGUCCACCCGGCCUCGGCCUCGGUGGCCCCCGUGGCGGCGGAGCGGCCGGAACACGGGCACGGCGUGGCCCCUCCCCUCGGGGCCCCCCACCGCCGAGACCGACACGCCUUCUCCAUGUACGAGCCGGGCACCGGCGGGGCCCUCAAGCCGUUCGGGCAGCAACCCAUGGAGGAGCUGGUGGGGCGCCUGCAGCCCUUCCACCCGGGGGAGAUGGACGACGAUGCUCUGUACUCGGUUCACACGCAGGCCUCCAUUUACCGGAUCCGGAAGGGCGGCUCCAUCUCCUCGAUGCCCUUCCCACCGUCUUCCCCGCUGGUCUCCUGCCCCACAGAUGGAGGGCGGCACAUGACUGGAAAACUGGAUCGGCACGGGAGCGGAACGGACAGCGACUACGACAACACGCAAGGAGGGGACCUGCCCUUGAGCCUGGAGGGGAAGCGCUUCCUGGACCUGGCCAAAGACGAGGAUUUGCACCCGGAGCCGGACGCCCUGGAAGGAGACCUGGACCCGGGCCUGCCCAGCACGGAGGACGUCAUCCUCAAGACGGAGCAAGUGACCAAGAACAUCCAGGAACUCCUCCGCGCCGCCCAGGAGUUCAAGCACGACAGCUUCGUUCCCUGUUCGGAGAAGAUCCACGCCGCCGUCACGGAAAUGGCCUCCCUCUUCCCCAAGAAACCGGCGCUAGAGACGGUCCGCAGCUCCCUGCGGCUGCUCAACGCCAGCGCCUUCCGCCUGCAGAGCGAGUGCCGCAAAACGGUGCCGCCCGAGCCGGGGGCGGCCGUGGACUAUCAGCUCCUCACCCAGCAGGUCAUCCAGUGCGCCUACGACAUCGCCAAGGCCGCCAAGCAACUGGUCACCAUCACCACCCGCGAGAAGAAGCAGUGAAAGCGCCCGGUCGGGGGGAGCGGACACUCGUUCUGUACCCCAGGCCCCUCUUGACCCCGCGACCUAUCCUCGGCGAGUCUGGAUCACCUUGUGAGUAUGGGGGACACCCGUCCCCGACGUGUCCCGUGGUUUGGCCAUGUAAAUACCCCAUAACCCGAAGGCAGGGGUGCCCUCCCGUACCCCGGCUUGAAUGUGGCGACUACGAAGGGACCCCUGUUGUGAAUGUGGCGACCACGAAGGGACUCACGAAGGGACCGUCCUUGGCUCACUCAAAGGGCUGGAUUGCUUCCCCGCCCCCUCACCAACACUUGGUGGGUUGACCGUGUAAAUAUCCCCCAACCCAAAGGGGCUCCAAUUCUGUACCCCAAUAUAUCCAUGGGCAACACCACUGGGAUGGAUGGCUCAUCCAAGGACCGUUCCGCCACAAUACUUGAUGGGUCUGCAAUGUAAAUAAAUACCCCGUAACCCCAAGGAAAGGGGGCUCUCUUCCUCUACCCCACAUCUCAAUGGAAGUGUCCUUUGCCCAGGGUUGGGUUAGUAGGAGUAUGGGGGGGGGGAGCUUUCCAAAUGUACCCCUUACGCCAUAGUUUGGCCACGUAAACACCCCAUAACUCAGGAGGGGGAUUUCCUUCUAUGUCAUCCAUGACCCAAAGGGAUCGUCCACCCACGUUCCCAAGGGGGGAACUCUCUAUCUGUACCCCACAUCUCUUUCUAUGGGGCACUGCGACCCCAUCGGAAGUGUCCUUCACCCCUUCUUCUCUGUGGGAGCCUCAAUGGAAGUGUCCUUGCAAUUAGGGCUGGAUUACCCCUAAUGAGUCGUUUGGGGGGCAGCCCUCCCCAUAUGCUGUGGUUUGGGGUGCCCCAUGCUAUGUAAAUACCCCACUAACCCGUUCCCCGGACCCCCUUCUAACCGAUCCAUUGGACUCUGCGACCCCAAUGGAAGUGUCCUUACCCUUCAGACAGCUCAUCGGGGGGCAGGGGGACACUAUCCCUUCUCCGUGGGGCCGAAGCGAAGUAAUACAUAAUGUAAAUACCCCAUAACACAAUGCGCUGUGUGGGGCUCCAUCUUUGGACCUGACCCCAAUUAGGGCAGUUUCGGGACUCGCGAUAGGGAGCCCCCUCCCAAAUCGUUCGCUCCCCCAUAUAUAGUGCGUGGAACUGUAUGUAUGUGUACCUCCCUCCUCCUGUGCAUUAUAUAUAUAUAUGUAUGUAUAGAUCUAUACAUAUAUAUUACCAAGGCACUGUAUUUAUCUCUCGUCUCUCAAUAGUGUUAACACUGGAAAAAAAUAAAAUUCAGGGUGCUGCCAAGACUUAACUCCCCCCAAAACCUUCCAAUUUCCCCCCGCCACCCGCCCGGCCAUCUUUCCCCCCUCUUUCCUGUUAUGUUUACCCUGAGGGAAAACUGGGGUCAAUGACCACUGACCGAUGGACUUGGGGUCCGAGCAUUGCGCCGGAAUCCUUUUUGGUCUUGUAAAUAAAACGGAGAUGUGAGCAUCGGAAA